UUUGGAGAUCGGUCUCUCUCUCUCUCUCUGUGACCUGACCCGAGGCUGCAGUUUCCAGGUGAUGCCCUGUGAAGGAGAAGGUUCUGCUCUCAGUGGGAGUGAGUCCCUGAGUGUCUGUGUUUGUGGACUGGAAUUCAGCGGCUUCACAAAAUCCCACCAGAAUGAGGAGGCGAUUCGGCAGAAGAGCAUCACUGGGGGUCAUCAAAGGGUUGGACAUCUUCCCCAAAGUGCCUGAAGUCUGUGUGGAAACCACUGCCACUGGGGGUACAGUUUCUCUCCUCGUGUUUGUGCUCAUCGCCAUCUUGACAAUUGGAGAAUCGUUAUAUUAUUGUAACAGUUGGAUUAAGUACAACUAUGUGGUCGACACGAGUAUUCAGAGUAAACUUCAAAUAAACAUUGAUCUCACAGUGGCCAUGAAAUGUGACUAUAUAGGAGCAGACAUCCUUGAUCUCUCAGACACAGUAGUGGAAGAUUCAGAGGAUCUGCACUAUGAGCCUACGCAAUUCGAACUCACACCUGAGGAGAAAGACUGGUACGGGACUCGUCAGGACAUUCAUGAAAAGCUACAGGAAGAACAUAACCUGCUGGAUUAUCUCAUAAAGUCAUCAUUUGAAGAAAAUCGCAAAACAAAGGCUCCGAGGAAAUCCAUAGAUGUCAACUCCACAGAACCUCCCAAUGCGUGCAGAGUGUAUGGUUCAAUCUACGUGAACAAAGUAGCAGGAAACUUCCAUGUUCUGUCUGGAAAGUCGUAUGAGCUUCCCAUUGGCCAUGCACACGUGAUUGCUGUAAGGAAUCCCAAAGUCUAUAAUUUCUCCCAUCGAAUCGAUGAUUUCUCAUUUGGAGUGUCUAGCCCCGGGUUAAUCAAUCCACUAGAUGGUAGUGUGAAAAUAACUGAAUCAAAUCUACAUAUGUUCCAAUACUUCCUUGUGCUCGUGCCAACUGAAGUAAAUACCUAUAGUUUCUCUACCAGUACUCAUCAGUAUUCCGUCACAGAAAAGGAACAAACACUAACCGAGAUGAAAAAGGGUCAUGGAAUACCAGGCAUCUUUUUAAAGUAUGAUAUCAGCCCUCUGAAGGUCAUCAUCUCUGAAGAAGGAAUGUCCACCCGCCAACUCCUCAUUCGACUUUGUGGCAUAAUUGGUGGAAUCUUCUCUACGGCAGGACUUCUGCACAACAUAAGUGGGUUCAUCGUUAACCUUAUUGGCUGCAUAUGCAAAAGAGAAAACCACUGUAAAAGGAUGACCAGUUCUGCUCCAACCAGAUAACAUGAACCAUUGAAUAUUCACAACAUUCUUGUAGCUUUGCUGUACAGUGAAAUAUUAGCCAUUGGAUGAUGUGCAAGAUAUUGAAAAGGCAGCAUAGCAUGGGUUCCACAAUGUGGGGGAGGGAAAAGCAUAAAUAUGUCAUUUUAUUUAAAUAAAUACAGCAUAUUUUGGUUCUCAAAGGCA